UGGAGCUAUACAGUCAGGGCUCCUGCUGAAUUCCUCUGUGAAUGACACACACUAACUGGUUUACCACAUCUCUGUUGUUUUAUUUCUGUUUAUGCUACAAAAACUGUCAUGGAGGUAAGGCGUGGAGGAAUAUCCUCUGAGACAAAGGAUGCUGAUGAAAAUGUUCAGCAGAUCUGUGAUAAAGUGAAGCCUCAUGUGGAAGAGAAAGCAGGGAAGACCUAUGAUGUUUUCACAGCCAAGAGCUACAAGACUCAGACUGUAGCUGGAACAAACUACUUCAUUAAGGUUUACAUCGGCGGAGAUGAUCAUAUUCACCUCCGUGUUUGGAAAAAACUCCCAUGUUAUGGAGGAGAAGUUGAGCUGAGCAACAUGCAGGUCUCCAAGAGCCACCAUGACCCCAUUGAGUACUUCUAAAAAGAUUCACAGUGUAGGCAAAGAUACGAUGGCCGGCAGUGAAGACAUCAAAUCUUCAAUAAAUAGCGAUUGUAGUUCAAAGUGCACCUUACGCAUCUGUAAAAUACAGGCAUCAGGUCUUGUGUAAACUGUUUACUCCUCUGUAUCUAUGAAAUAUCACUUAGAGGAAAUCUUUAAGUUAACUCCUGCACAUCAUAUGUAUUACAAUGUCCUUCCUUCUUAAGGAUUAAACAUAUGAAUUUGUAAGCAGUUUGUAAUUCCCGAUUUUUACCAUUAGUCACAACUCUGUUGCAUCUUGUGACUGAUGUUCCUCCUUUUUCUGCAUGCAAUACUCCCAAUAAUAUGCUAAAUGUUGACAUGUGUCUCUGCAGCUGCUGUUCAAAAGCAUAUUGUAUACAUUGAACAUAUAUAAAUAGCAUGCAGCUUUAGCAGGGUUAUUCUUCUUUCGCAUAAUAAAUCUAACAACUCCUAUAACGUGAAAAUAAUCAAUUUCUUUACAGUUGGUCAGUUGUAAGAAUGUGUGAUGGCAUUCAAUGUGAAUGCACAGCAAACAUACAUUAUUUUUAAAGAGCCUGGCAGAGGUUAAAUGCUGACAUUAAGGAGUGUGUUAUUUAAUCACAUAGGUCUGCCAGAAAGCUUUAAAACACACUAAUGCGAUAUACUCUACUAUAUUGUCUCUUUAAAUGUUUGGUAACAGAAAAAAAAACUGCCGCUUUAAGUGAAAAUAGUUUUCUUUGGAUUCAGUUCAAACUACUGACAUAAGUCUGUGAUCUCCUCAUCUGUUUGCAGUGCCACAUUUUUCUAAAAGCACCUCAGUCACUGUGUAAUAAUAGUCUGACAAUUUUUAAGGUGUAACAAUUUUUUUUUAUUUGUUUAUAUGCUAUCCUAAUUCACAUUAAGAUGUAUUGCUAGUUAAAAACCAUGAACAGGACUGUUUCCAGAUAAGUUGCAUAAAGUAAUGUUCAAUUCAGUCCAAUUCAAUAUCUGUAACUGAAUUAGAGAACCAAGGCAGCUUGGUUCCCUAAUGCAGCAUAUAGCUUCUGUCAAAAUUAUGUUACACACACACUGUCUGCUGGAAAAUACAGAUUAAAUUGAGACAUUUUACCUGAA